AUGUCCAGAAUAAUAACCGUUGUCGGCGGCACAGGCACACAAGGUGGUUCCGUGCUCAAAGCCCUCCUCGCUGCAAACACCACCACCACCACCGAUCCCAAGCCCUACACCAUCCGCACCAUAACCCGCAACCCAGCCAGUCCCGCCGCAAAAGCCCUAUCCUCGCAAGGCAUCCAAGUCCUCCAAGCCGACCUGGCCAACCCAACCUCUUUAAAAGCCGCAUUCGCCGGAUCACACGCAAUCUUUGCCGUAACUAAUUUCUUCGAGAACCUCCCCACCCUGGGUGUUAACAAGGCAAUGGAGUCCGAAACCGAGUUUGGAAUCAACCUAGCCAAUGCGGCAGCGCAGACUUCAACAUUAGAGCACUAUAUCUGGUCGACGUUGCCAGACUCGAAGGUGAAUACAGGUGGGGAGGUGGUAGUGCCGUACUACGAGAGCAAGAACGCGGUGGAUCGGUAUAUCCGGUCUAGUUUGCCGGAAUUGCUGGAGAAAACGACUUUCGUCUGGUUUGGGUGGUAUGCGGGGAAUAUGAUGGCUCCGGUUUUUCAUCCUUUUCAGAUUCAUGGAGUUGACCCAAGUGGUGGUGAGACGUAUGUGACUUUGGUGAGUGUCGACCCGGCGACGAAGCUGCCUCUUCUGGGGGAUGAGGGGACUAAUGCUGGGUCGUUUGUUCGUGCUAUUCUGGAGAACCAGAGGGUGACACUGCGUGGGAAGACUGUUGCUGCGGUGAUGGAAUAUAUGGCUAUUGGAGACAUAGUUGAAGCAUUUGGAACGGCAAAGGGAAUCCGGGUGACGGCUGUACAGAUCAGUAGGGAUGAUUAUAGGAAGUUGUGGCCUGGUUUGGGUGAUCUUAUGGACAUUUCGCACUCUUAUUUGGAAGUCAUGGAUGGAAAGGCUUUUACUAGCACUGACGAGGUGGUCUUGACAAGGGAGGAUAUUGGUAUUCAAGGCUUAGUUGGAGCGGAUGCGGCGUUUGCGAGAUUACCAUUGCUGGAGUGA